CGCCAGAUGUGGACGCACCCUAUGAAUUAUUAUCAAGCAUUGACAUAUAUUUAAAGAGAGUAAACCUUUGUACAACAGGUUAGAGUGUGGCCGGAAAGAGGACGGAUCGACUGGCAUUAUGAAGCUCGCUUUAUUUUAUUUGUUUUCUGUGGCCGCCGUCACAAUCGCCGUGAAUGUGCCGACAGACCUCAAAAGCGGUAAUGAUGCGUUUACAUCGAGAAUGUUUUAUGAAAUAGUGAAGUAUAAUCCACAACAGAGUGUAGUGCUGUCAGGAUACUCUGUACUGACCCCAUUGGCCCAGCUCGCCUUGGCCUCUGAGGGUGAAUCGCACCACCAACUUUUGAAGGCCAUUGGCAUGCCCAACGAUAAUGCGAUAAUAGCUGCGUUUUCAGAGGCCAAAAGAAACUUAAAAACCAUAAAUGGAGUGGAACUUAAAACAGCAAGUAAAAUAUACGUCACGUCCAAAUCUGAAGUAUAUGAAAACUUUGCAACGACCAUCCGUGACGUGUUUGAUUCCGAAUUCAAAAAUGUAGACUUUACUCAAGCACAGAAAACCGCUAACGAAAUCAACGCUUGGGUUGAAGAACAAACGAAUAAAAAAAUUAAAGAUCUCGUUAACCCGUAUUCCUUGAAUGCCAAUACUCAUGCUGUUCUUGUCAACGCUAUCUACUUUAAGGGUCUCUGGCAGAAGCCGUUCAACCAUGGCAAUACAUACGACCAGGUGUUCCAUAUUACUAAAGAGAGAUCAGUAACAGUUCCGAUGAUGUACCAAAAAUCUUAUUUCAAUUACGUGGAGGUUCCAGAAUUAGACGCUAAGGUCCUCCAAAUGUUCUAUGAAGGUCGUGAAGCAUCCAUGAUACUGGUGCUCCCCAAUGAAAUCGAUGGAAUAAUCCAGCUAGCGGAGAAAUUACGAGACCCAUCAGCAGUCGACAGAGCCAUUUAUAACAUGUACUAUAGACAAGUCCAUGUCACAAUUCCUAAGUUCAAAAUUGAAACUACAACAAAUCUGAGACUUGUUUUAUCAAAUAUGAACGUUACGAAACUAUUUGUACCCGGACAAGCCCGUUUAAGUAAAAUGCUAAUGGAAUGGGAUGACUUAUUUAUAACUGAUGCCAUACAGAAGGCUUUCAUUGAAGUCAAUGAGGAUGGCGCAGAAGCUGCAGCAGCCAACGAAUUUGAUGGUAUGACAGCCAGUCUUGACUCACAACCGCCGGUUACAUUCUUUGCUAAUAGACCAUUUUACUUUGAAAUAAGGGUAAACGAUAUACCCAUUUUUAACGGUGUUAAAGCUGAAUAAUAUUGAACUUGACUUGUAAAAGGUGACAUGUAUUUAAUAAAGUGUUAUUCGAAAA